UCCGCGCGGGGACUCUGCGGGGGGGGGGGGAAGGCGGACGUGACGUCAGGGCGAGGGGGGAGGGCGUUCGCUUCCGGGGUCAGAGGUGAGGCGGAGCCGGCGCGGCCACGAUGCUGAUCAAAGUGAAGACGCUGACUGGGAAGGAGAUUGAGAUCGACAUCGAGCCCACGGACAAGGUGGAGCGCAUCAAGGAGCGGGUGGAGGAGAAGGAGGGGAUCCCCCCCCAGCAGCAGCGCCUCAUCUACAGCGGCAAGCAGAUGAACGACGAGAAGACGGCGGCCGACUACAAGAUCCAGGGCGGCUCCGUCCUCCACCUCGUGCUGGCCCUGCGCGGGGGCGGGGCCUCCCGGUGAGGGGGCGGGGCCCACCCCGGCCCCGCCCCCUUCCCCAGGGCCCGCCCCCGAGCGGCUCCCCUUGCCCCCCCCCCCCGCUGUGAUGCCCCCUCCACCGCCCCCCCCCGUGUAAUAAAGUGUCUUGGUGAUGUCA